UGAUAGCCCGUCUCGACCUCCUCUUCCUCGUUCCCCGGAACUCGCUCGUCUUCCUCGUUCCUAUUUGAGGUCGAGCCCUCCUCCGGCCUCUCCGCCUCCUACCUGCUGAUUGGGGUGUUCGAUCCGGAUUCCACCUGCUCUGCUUGGAUUAGAAGAUAUAAAAAAAUGGCUGCACAAGACACUCCUAUGAUCACCGAGGAUGACUAUGAGACUCAGCAGAAGAAGCAAGCUGCUGCAGAUGUUCUUUUCAACUAUUCACAGUUUGUUAUGGUGUGCAUUGGUGAGGGAGUUCGCCCGACUGAUCUCCGGUUGCACCUUAUGAAGGAAAUUUCAGGGAUGCCCACCUCUUUGAAGGAAGAGCCACGGCAGGCAGCUGCCUCCCCAGAUUCUAGCGGUGAACCAUCAUCCUCUGGGACGAUGAAAGAAGACAGGAGCGAAAUCCCAUAAGCUUCAUCUGCAUCUUGCAAGGAGAUGGUAUCUCAGGAUGAUAGGCGAUGAUUUGUGAUCAUAGAGAUGUAAAUAAGUUAGCAUGCUUGAGGCAAGGCCUGAUUUGGUUUACAGCGCUGAAGAGCACAUUUUCCUGGCGGAUGGUAACAUUUGUGAUCAUUUUUCAAGCCACUUGCAUUGCAUCUACUCCCUCCGUUCCGAAUUACUUGUCGCAGGUAUGAAUGUAUCUAGAUGUAUUUUAGUUCUAGAUACAUCCAUUUCUACGACGAGUAAUUUGGAACGGAGUAUUAGUUGGGGUCCAUAUCUUAGCCUAUAAUCGCCGAACAAUACUGUUCUGUUGUCCAUGUCUUAUGUUUAAUCAGGUUGACUGGAGGUUCUGUUUUGCA